ACUGUUAUUAUUUGUGUAGACGAAAACGAUCUGAAUCUGGGGAGGAUAUGAUGGAUGACAGAGAGAGGGAUAACUAUGAGAGAAAGAAGUUUAUGAACGCCUCCAAAAUGAAACGGGUAAAUCAGUUUCUAAGACAGCAGGGUAUGCGUAAGGAGGAGGUGGAGAGGGAAAUGGAACGAGCUUAUGAACAGUACUUCUCUAGUCUAGCUAGGAAGGAUGGCGGACGAGGGUUGCCGGCUAUACCGGCCAAGAACAGUGUAGAGUUGAGUAAAGAGGAAGAAUGGGACAGGAUGAUAAACCCUCAGCUCUACCAGGACCAGGAUACUAGAAAAGGAUACAGAAAACCGGUUUUGGGCCAACAUUAUGAAGAAGUUCAGAUGGAGAAGCUUCAAGCUGAGAUUAGAAUAAGGGAGCGAAGGGAACGUGAAGGACAUGGAAGGAGAGCUGAAAGGAGCAGUUCUAGGAGCAGAGGAAGGAGUGAGAGGAGUAGGAGAAGGAGUAGAAGCCGCGGAAGGAGGGAAAGAUACUAAAGAAUAAAAUACAAAGGAGAAUUUACUGUUUUAUUUCACUCUUUACGGAAAUCGCACUCUAAGAAAAUAUCUGUUUUUGCAUUUGUAAAUUUUUUCUCAUUAUUUUUAGUUGCAAAUAUGUAAAUUGUAAAUUCAUGCUG